UUCAAGUAAAAAAUGCUGCUGUCACUUUCGCCGCCACACACCGGCAGACUUAGGGGCUUGUGGAUGGUCGCCGUCGUCUGUUGGCGUCAGACUGGCGGGACGGCGGCGUUGGCGAUUCGGAGUUCAGGCCAACAGUAGCUUUAGCGUAAACAUCGAGAUAUCAUGGACAUGGAUGUGCAAACCUGCGGGCACUUACUCCAGUCCUGCACCACUCGGCUCUCCGUCCAAGAAGGCAAGCAGCUCCAUCUUCUCUUCCUGAAGAAGGGUCUCUUGAACUGUGCCAUCACGCUCGGAAACCGUCUCCUUCAGCUUUACGCCAAGUGCGGUCAAAUGGAUAAUGCACGGCGACUGUUCGAUGAUAUGCCUCAGAGGAAUUGCUUCACUUGGAACACGAUGGUUGAAGGCUACAUGAGGACGGGAGAGGCGGCUAAGUCUCUGGAGUUGUUUAAUUACAUGCCCUGCCGGAAUGAUUUCUCUUGGAACGUGGUGAUUUCGGGUUUUGCCAAGAGGGGUGAUCUUCGGACUGUUUCUUGUUUGUUUAAUGCCAUGCCCAGAAAGAAUGCAGUUGCUUGGAAUUCCAUGAUUCAUGGUUAUGCCAAGAAUGGGCAUCCCAGGGAAGCCCUCAGGCUGUUUAAGGACAUGAAUUCGGAUCCUUUUGAGAGAACGCAGAGUGAUACUUUUGUUUUGGCCACUGUCAUAGUUGCUUGUUCUGACCUGGAAGCUAUGGAUCGUGGCAAGCAGAUUCAUGCGCGUCUUCUUAUUGAUGGAGUGGCAUUUGAUUCAGUGUUGGCUAGUUCGUUGGUCAACUUGUACGGAAAAUGUGGUGAUUUGGAUAGUGCAAAGCGUGUUUUAAGUAGCGUGGAGGAACCGGAUGACUUCUCUCUGUCGGCAUUGAUUUCUGGGUAUGCCAAUUGUGGUAAAAUGGAUGAGGCCAGAAGGGUUUUCAGCAGUUUCAAUAAAUCAUGUGUCAUAUCAUGGAAUUCACUGAUUGCAGGCCAUGUAACUAAUCAUGAGGAAAUGGAAGCUUUAGCACUGUUUAACCAGAUGCGUGAAGGGGCCAUCCGUGAGGACUCCUCUACAUUAGCCAGUAUUUUAAGUGCAUGCAGCAGCUUAGGUAUUCUGGCGCAAGGUAACCUAAUGCAUGCCCAUGCUUUCAAGAGUGGUCUCCUUAACGAAGUGAUUGUGGCAAGUGCUCUUAUUGACAUGUAUUAUAAAUGUGGAAGCCUUAGGGAUGCUUGCAAUCUCUUUGGUGAGCUGGAAGUUCAGGACACAAUAUUACUUAAUUCUAUGAUCACAGUGUAUUCUAACUGUGGAAGGGUCGAUGACGCAAAAGAAAUAUUCAGGUCCAUGUCAAAGAAAAGCUUGAUAUCAUGGAAUUCGAUGCUAGUAGGUCUCAGUCGGAAUGGUUGUCCUGUUGAAGCUUUAGAUCUUUUCUGCGAGAUGAAUAGGCUGGGCUUGAUGAUGGAUAAGUUCAGCUUUGCUAGUGUUCUCAGUUCCUGUGCUAUUAGCUCCUCAUUUGAUCUAGGGGAACAAAUUUUUGGAAGAACAAUUGUCAUUGGGCUCGAAAAUGACCCCAUUAUUUCUACUUCCCUCGUCGACUUCUUCUGCAAGUGUGGUCAUGUUGAAAAAGGGAGAAAAGUAUUUGAUGGAAUGGUAAAAAUUGACGAAGUUUCUUGUAAUACCAUGUUGAUGGGUUAUGCUACCAAUGGCCAUGGGAUGAAAGCAUUGAGUCUGUUUGAGGAGCUGAGGCAUGCUGGUUUGAGACCGACUGAUAUUACCUUUACAGCAGUCCUGUCUGCAUGUGAUCAUUGUGGUUUGGUCGAAGAGGGGUGGAAAUGGUUAUAUGCGAUGAAACUAAAUUAUGAUGUCGAUCCGAGGAUUGAGCACUACUCUUGUGUUAUUGAUCUUUUUGCACGGGCUGGUUACCUGAAUGAGGCCAUAGAUCUGAUAGAGCAAAUGCCUUUUGAUCCAGAUGCGACAAUGUGGUCAUCAGUGUUGAGAGGUUGUGUGGCUCAUGGGAAUAGAACUCUUGGGAAGAAAGUAGCGGAGCAAAUUAUCGAGCUUGAUCCAGAGAAUUCAGGUGCUUAUGUACAGUUAUCUGGCAUACUUGCUGACUUUGGGGAUUGGGAAAGAUCAGCAGAAGUUAGGCAUAUGAUGAAGGAAAAGCAAGUAGGGAAAGAUCCUGGUUGUAGUUGGGCUGACUGCUGAUCGCUGAAUGGUAGAUGUUAAAAGAGUCAGAAGCCUAAAUAUGGCUACUGAUAUCUCUGCGAUGGGAUGGUUGGAUGGUAGUGAAGAGGGCUACUGGUAUACAUGAAGUUCGCGUCUUCAAACGUUAUGUCUCAGAGAUGGAGGAAUAUAUGUCAAGCUUGGUAAACAUAUUGGACAGUAGGUAAUAACUUUUCUUCCCUUGUUUCUCAAGAUCAUCCUGAUGAUUAAGAUAUAUCUAUUAGAUGCAGAUUUUAGACAGUGACAGAUUUCUCUCUUUCUGCUGUUUUUUUUUUUUUUUCAAGUAAAUGAAUGCUUGGUACAUCAAGCCAAUUCCAAUAACUAUGAAACCCAUAGAUACAGAGGAAUAAGCUAAUCUUUUUUUUUUUAUAAAUUACAUUGACCGGGAGAUGUUAAAGCUGCAUAGAUUAUUUGGAUUGCACCUACUAUAAUCAACUAGGGAGAAAAUAUAGAAUGAGCAUGAGGCAAUAAUCCCAUAUUGACCCGAACCCACCCAUAUGCUUUCAUUUUUAAUAAAAUUCCUGCUAGAAGCAUACAAGUACUAUAAUGUGCCUCUCCAUGGGUGUCUAGUAACUAUGUAUGUAAAGUUAUAAUCGGUAAUUUAACAGCGUGACUCAAAAAGUGCGUGUUACAUAAUCAUCCAUUUAACUCAUAUUAUCAGGUGAAGGAAUUUUCGAGAAAAGGCUGGAUGAUAUGCCAGAUUAAGUAUGCAUAGUGUUGGUGCACCGUCUUACUCUUCCAACCAGAAAUCUUGUGCGCCCCUGAAUUGUCUGAUGUUGUGGGUUCCUCAUUAGGUGAGCUCGUGUUAACCGUGUCUCUUACAAGAGUGUCACCAAUAUUUCAGCUUGCAUGCUCAUGCUUCAUUUUCCCCCGUUGGCGUAAAUUAGUCAAUAAUCUAUGCUCUGAUUAAUUGUUCCCAUUAUUUUAGGUUCCAAAAGCUAAGGCUCUUGGACACGAGCAUAACUUUGUAGCAAGCAGACCGCCACAUCUCAUGCAUGAUGGACCAUCUAAUAAGUAGUGCCAGUAAGCUAUAUUCUUUCAGCACCUGCAUGUAGUAUACUGAUAUGGAUGGUAGGACUGGAACUGAUGACUUUUCUCUAUCAGCAUUGAUUUCUGCAAGAUGAGUACGCUUGUCUUGAUGAUCAGUUUAAGCUUUGGUAGUGUUGAAAUUGGCAUAUGACAUUGAUCCGAGGAUAUGGUCGUCUCCAAUGAGAUUGGCAUCUAACAUUGAUCCAAAAAUAGGGUCAAUAACUUCUAUUGGGUGAUCAAUCUUUUUGGCCAUGCUGGUCACCAAUACGGAGCCAUGGAUCCUAUGGAGCAAAUAAAUGCCUUUCGAUGCAGGUGCAUCAAUGGGGUCAUCAGCUGCGGGAGGUUUGCGUGGCUCGUAGGAAUGAAACUCUUGGGAAGAAGGUUGCGGAGGGAAUGAUCAACCUCAAUGCGGACAUUGGUGACUGGGAAAGAUCGGCCCAGGUAUGUGAAGUAUAACAUAAAGAACGGAGAGGAUUGUAUGACAUAUCUUAAAUUUCCAUUGCUGUGCCAUAUGGUUGGGGAGUAGGGAGGCCCAAACUAUGCAGUUUCAUUUCUGAUAAAUGGCAAGCACCACCUAAAUACACAUGGUUACCGGGAAGAGACUCAACCGAAUUUCGUAUGAUUGUUUGGUUGUUUCCUGCUAUACAGAACCUCUUGCCAAUUCCGAGAGGACGAUAAGGG